AUGUCUAGCCAUUCGGACCCAGAGGUCCAUCCUGUCACCUCUCAGAUCAGAGUUGAUGAUUUGCACAUCCAGUCGGUGAUGUCCAACCAGGACAUUGUGUUGAACAUCGAUCACGCUGUUGAGAGCGACGAGGCCAUGAUCUUGGCCUUGGGGUACAAGCAAGAGUUCCGGCGUGAGUUCACUGGCUUGUCGGUGUUUGCCGUAUCUUUUUCUGUGUUGGGGCUCCUACCUUCGGUGGCUGCUACAUUUGAGUACCAGCAGAUGGUGGUGGGCUGCUCUCCUGUUCCGUGGAUGUUGGCCAUCAUAGGCGUUACAGCGGUAGCUUAUUCUAUGGCCGAGGUUGCUUCGGCGUUCCCUACUUCCGCUGGCACACCUUACGCUGUUUCCCAGCUAGCGCCAAAGAAAUGGGCGCCUUUCUUAACGUGGAUUACUUGUUUCUCCAAUUGGAUGUGUCAGAUCACCGCAGCUCCCAGUUGCAACUACAGUGGUGCUUCGAUGAUCCUUGCAUUGGCCUCAUACGGCUCAGACUAUAUUUCUGAAAGAUGGCACGUUUACCUUCUAACCACCGCCAUCAACAUCGUUCACGCCAUCAUGUCCAGUAUGCCCACGAAAUAUUUGGCCUGGUUGAACAACAUGAGUACCUCGGUGAACAUGCUUUUUUUGGCCAUCGUUUUCGUCAUUAUCUUCGCCGCCAACGAUAGACUCGGCAUGUACGGCGGCGAGAUCCCUAAGUUUAACAGCAACUCCAUGGCCUGGGGCUUUGACAACCAAACAGAUUUUCCUACUGGUGUCGCUGUGCUUGUAUCAUUUAUGGGUGUCAUCUGGGCCAUGUCUGGAUAUGACUCUCCUUUCCACUUAGCAGAGGAGUGUUCUAACGCUGCUGUUGCUGCUCCCAGAGCCAUUUGUUUGACAUCUACUAUUGGGGGUGCCAUUGGUUUCAUUUUUAUGAUUGCCAUUGCCUACACUGUGGUGAGCGUCGAUAUGAUUUCCGAGGAUCCCUUGGGCUUGGGCCAACCGUAUGUCACCUACUUGACGCAAUUUUUAUCAAAACCUUGCGUUCAAGCUUGCACUGCGUUGACCAUUGUAUCAUCCUUCUUCAUGGGCUGCUCUUGUAUGUUAGCUGCCUCUCGUGUUACGUUUUCCUACUCCAGAGACGGGCUCUUCCCACUUUCGAAAUACUGGAAGAUUGUGCACCCAUGGACACAGACUCCUAUCAACGCUGUUUGGAUCAACAUGUUUUUGGGUCAGCUUUUCUUACUUCUCUUGUUUGGCGGUGAAACGGCUAUUGGUGCCAUUUUCUCUGUAGGAGGUAUCUCCUCGGUUAUUUCUUUCAUCAUGCCUACAAUUUUGAAGCUUACUUAUUCAAGACACACAUUCCGCCCUGGUCCUUGGAACUUGGGCCGCAUGUCUCUCCCCAUUGGGUUGGUAGCUAUUGCAUUUGUGUUUACAAUGAUUCCAUUCUUGUGUUUCCCUACUUCUGCUGGUCUGAAUCUUACUCCUGUGGAUAUGAACUGGACAGCUUUGGUGUUCUUCGGGCCCAUGCUUGGUUUCAUCAUCUGGUUUGCGGUCGAUGCCCACAAGUGGUACAUCGGUCCAAGACCCAACAUCGACGAGUACAUUGCUCACUCAGAUGAUGAUGUGGAGGUUUACGAUGGUGUCAAGCAUCAUCCUUCGGACAGUACCGAGGACAGAAAGUCCUGA